UUCCCUUUCAAUUUUCGAUUUGUCCGGUCACGAAAGUGUUUUCAAUAAGUUUCGAACCCAAAAUCGCCUCACCGAUAGGUGACAACACAGUUUACCAACAACCAUCGCACCCAAGGUUUUCCGUCAUGCUAUUUUAAGCACCGACUCUUUUCUUAUUUAUGCACUCUCACGACUCUAUUACUCCCUUCAUCCUCCAUUCCAUGAACGUUGCUUGCAUUCAACCUCUUGCCCUCUUCCACGGCUGAUAUUGACCCGGCGAGAAAUGGGUUGCUGUUUCAGCUCCGCCGGUAAAGCCCUUAGCAGCCACCGCUCGCCGGUAAUCCCCCGCAUUUCGCUGGAAGAAGAGACCGUGAAAGAGGUCCUCUCUGAAACGCCGUUCCCACCGAAGCCCCAGCCUCCCGGCGGAGACCCGAAGGCUACUGUCCCCGAGCCUGAAGAAGCCAAGAUCAUCUCCGCAGUUAAUGGGAAGCCCGAAGAAGACAAAGAAGAAGGAGGAGGAAGGGUUGCUUCUGCUCCGGAAGAUGCUUCGGAGUACUCGGAGAUGUGCAGCGUCAGCGAGAGCCUCUCGACGGCCACCACGAGCACCAUCGUCAUGGAGAAGAGAGAGGACGAGGUCACAAGCACAAGCAGGGAUUGCAGGGAAUUCGCCAGAGUCAAACCAAGGGUCAGCAGGUCUUCGCCGUUGAAGGCUCCGCGGAAGCGCCUGUACGUUGCCGGAGACGGCAAGCGGGGGAUGAUUAAAUCACCGGCGCCAAGAUCAGGGCCUGCUCAGAGUCGCCGGCCAUCCCCGACAAGAACCCAAGGGGCGGCAACAAGGACGGCGCGGACGGCGGCACGACAUUAUGGGGGGAGUGUCGGGAACGGGCGUGACAUGGGCGGCGGUUCCUACCGGCGGUCGAGGUCGCCUGCCACCAGGAGGGACGGCAUGAUUGGAAGGAGCCCGGCGAGGAGUGUGGGAAGCGGUGGCGGCGCCAGGUCGGUGGACCCGGCCAGGGCCAGGGCCAGCGCAGGGGACCCGAAAGAUUUGGAGGAAGAAGGCGGGGUGCAGAGGAAGGUGGCGGAGGAGGAGGCAAACGGCGACGUUUUGAAGAAGGGGAACGACGGCGAGACCCUUGAUAAUCCACUCGUCUCGUUGGAGUGCUUCAUUUUCUUCUAAAAAUUUAAAACUAAAAAAAUAAAAAUUGUUGGUUUUACAUUUUGAUAAAUUAUCGUUGGAUCGAAAGUCCAAUGUCGGAUCAACCAAUUUGGACGGUGUAAUUUUCAGGGGCAUUUUGGUGUGUAUAUAUAUUAUUUGCGACCGCAUUA